AUGAAGGUCUAUGAUGAAGCAACUAAGGCUGUUCCAAAACAUGAGAAAUUGAGCAUGUAUGAAAUCUACAUUGCCCGUGCUGUGGAGAUACUUGGCAUCCCCAAAACAAGGGGGAUAUAUGAGCAAGUAAUAGAAUUCGGUCUUCCAGACAAAGAUGUGAAGACUAUGUGUUUGAAGUAUGCUGAGGUUGAGAAGAGCUUGGGAGAAAUUGAUCGUGCUCGGGGAGUAUAUAUAUUUGCAUCACAGUUUUUGGAUCCACGAUCUGAUGUAGAAUUCUGGAACAAAUGGCAUGAUGAGUUUGAGGUGCAACAUGGAAAUGAAGAUACCUUCCGAGAGAUGCUUCGAAUAAGAGAAAGAAAAGAAAAAUCUUUCUUCCUUUACAGAGUGACAUAUAUAUUUCCUUCCUUUCCUAUGACUAACUUUGUUACAUGA